GCAUUUUAGUGCCAGUUAAACACUACGCAUUAUUGGUGCGGUAUUACGGUAAGACUCGAAGGGGAAUGUGCCCCGCUUUCUGGCUUAUGGUGAAUGGGGCGGUGGCUUUCCUGAGAGCAUCGUCAUUCAGCCCGAUCCUCAAGCCUGCGCAGAGAGAGAAAGAAAGAAAGACGGGGAGGGGUGAGGGAGAGACUGGGAGAGAAGGAGGAAAGGAAAGAAAGCCAGAGAGAUUCCCAUUGGUAUCGCAUAGAGGCUCCGGUCCGUUCCUGCGCGCUGCCGACAGCCACCGCUGUCCGAUCUUCCUGCAAAAUGUCCUACGCCAGUUAUGCCAGAGUGAUCCACUACGCCACCAGCAUCCUGUGUUGCAACAAGGGCUCCAUGGACCUGGUGGAGCUCUACAGGAAAGUUUUCCGGCGUUUCGAUAUCACGGAGAACGACUUUUGGUAUAUAGUAAGAAAAUGUCCGCGCUUCGCCGUGGUGAGGAGCGCCGGCGCCUCCGAGCGGGGGCCGGAGGAUUGGGGAUCCGACUGCACGGUGGUCGCCAAGACGUCCCUGCGGAUCUGCAAGAACUAUACUAAAUACGAGUGCGGUGACUGCCAGGAGCUGCACCUCUGCAAAUAUUUCGUGUACGGAAACUGCAGAUACGGCAAAGGACGGAAGCAGUGUAAGUUCUCGCACGACGUCCGAUCCGAGCACAACUAUCCUCUCCUGAGAGAGUGCACCCUCCACGAGCUGCACGAAGAGGACCUCUUCCUACUUCUGCUUCAAAAUGAUCCCACUCUCCUCCCCGAGGUAUGCUCCCAUUACAACAAGGGCUCGGGUCCUUACGGGGCCUGCACCUUUAAGGCCACCUGCACCAAGCUGCAUAUCUGUCAGCACUUCAUCCAGGACGACUGCAGGUUCGGCCAUCGCUGCAAGCGGCUGCAUGCGGUCGACGAGUACGGCCGGCGCAUGCUGGAGGAGCGUGGCCUCAGUGGCGAGAUCAUCCACGACUUGCCGUUCAUUUACAAGAACGUCUACCGGCUCAGCCUGAACACGCCGUACCCCGAGCGAGAGGGCAUGGCGAUCGAACCCAUGGUCAGGCCGGCCCCUCAGAGCGAGGAGAGGUCCGAGAUUUGCCUCCAUUUCUUACGGAGGAACUGCCGCUUUCAAGAUCAGUGCAUUCGCAUCCAUUUUAACCUCCCCUACAAGUGGGAGGUGUUUGACGGGGAGUGCUGGAGAGACCUGAGGCACAUGGAGGAGAUUGAGAGGGCGUACUGUGACCCCCGGAACACACACAGCCCAGGGUCCCGGCCUGUGGACUUCCUUACCAUGACCCGGGAUUCUGACCCGGUCCGCCGUCUGUCCACGGCCUCUUCAGUCAACAAGCCGCCACACUACAUACUGACGACCCAGUGGCUCUGGUACUACAAAGGCGACCACGAGAACUGGAUCGAAUAUGGAAAAGCCGACGACAAGCAGCGCGUGACCUCGCUGACCUCCAGAGACCUGGAGGUGGCUUAUCUGACCGACAGCAACGCCGAAAUUACCGUGAUGAAAGGCCACCGGCAAUACUACCUGAGUUUCCAAGACAUGUACCAGAGGAACCCCAAGCACAACACCAAGCGGAAGGUGAGAAGACGGCCCCGAUUCGUGUCCAUCACCGAGGUGGAAGAGAAGAUUGCACGAUAGAACCGUUGAGCUAAAGCUACACUCUUGGGUCAAGUGACUUUCUGACUUUAUGGCAGUCCACUGCCAACCCUACCCCCCCACCCCCACCGGCCUAGAGGCAGGCUCUGAAACCAUAAUGCACGUUCCACAGCGUCACCAGGGGAACCAAGCAAGCCGCUUGGUUCUGAUGGGUCUGACAUUUUUGCGGAGGAAGCCUCACAUACUGCAAAGCACACAGCUAACUGGGGGGAGAUCCGCCUCGUUUGUUUUGUUUAUCAUGAGUUUAUGGGUCUUUUUUUAAAAAUUUUUAACAUUUUUAGCAAACAUGAAAAUCAGACUUACAGGUGUCCUGCAUCUCAACCACCAGUAUAAUUUAUUCAUGUGAACAUCCUGUUGUGGUGGCUUAAUAUUUACUGCACACACAAACCAUUACUGCAAAUCAUAGCCAGAGAAAAGUUUAGAAGCGUCAGUGUAGCCUUAGAAGAAUAUUAAAAUGUACUUGAAGUAGAUGCUGAAGUUAGUUAUUAGAAUUAGGGUGUCACUGUUGCGGAACUGAGCCUGUUGCCUACAUGGAUUGUGAUUUACGUUUGUUCAGCCCUACAUUUAGCCCCUAUUACUUGUUGGAUUUCCAAGUAUAACCGUGGCACCAUAACGGGGUUGUAAUUCCAUUAAAAUGUACACAUUAACCAGAAGUACGUGUGGUAAACGACUGGCUGCAAAAAAAAACAAAGAACAUGAACUAGGUCGCAGACUGUUAAAAGUGACGUUUAUGAUUAAACGUUUUAACAAAUGCA